AUGAAUGUAAACGAUACUCGACCUAAUUGUUUACUUGUCGCUACUGAAACUAGACUCUUUCAACCUCAAGCAGAAGAUAUUCUUACUGAUGAAGACUUAUUGGAUUUAUUUCGUAUUGUAAAACAAGUCCUACGCAAGAAACCUGACUCGGAUAAACUAGCCAAACUUUUAUUUUGUGUGUCUUAUGCUUUAGGUGAUCAUGUCAAGUUCUUCAAACCUUUACAUGAAGAUAAGAUUCUUUUUCGGGACGAUGCUACAACAAAUAUUACUAUCAACGCUGUACGAUUACCAAAUAAUAGUUCUUGUUCACAAACAAAUACAUCCGAUCUAUCGAUUACAUCUGAUGAUACUUCAACUGAUCCUUUCACAGUUCGACCUUACACCAAUUUUCGACCGUUGUAUCCAGCUUCUUCCUCAUCUCCUGCUAUACCCAUACAUUCAUCCUUUGAACGUAGUCAUACUACAUCAUUACCACAAUCCGAAGUAUUAAUGGAACCCAAACAACGUGGAUUUUAUUAUCAAGAUGGAAGGAUUGCUCGUGAGCCUGUAUUAUUACAACGAUAUGCUGAACAAGGUAUUUUGACUCAAGCUUCUUUGAUGAGAAAAAGAAAACGACAUUCAACGGAUGCCAGUGUACCUUAUGAAAUCAAUCCACUUCCUCAACCUACCAAGAAACCAAAGAUUCCUCAUCGACAUGGUGAAUUUGAACAUCGACGAGAUGAUAUCAUUAAUCGAAUGCGAAGUAUCACAAUGCAAGAUUUGGAACAAAAAGCACAAAGGAUGCCAGUAGAUUUUGCACUUGUCAUAGAAAGAUCACCAGCACCAGAAACAUUCCCAGGAUCCAUGGAAGAAUUAAGCAAGGAACAAGCUGCGGAUUAUUUGGAACCAGCAUUACGCAUUUUGACCAGUCAUUCCAACAUGAAACCACAUCUUGAUAACGGUAUGAAUCAAAAUGGUAUUUAUUACAAUAGUGAUUACUUUAGACUUUAUAUGGCAUUUGAACAAUUCCAAAAGACAUUUGCUCAUUUAUUUCCCAACGAUGUGGUGAAAAUCCCAGAAGAUGAUUUCAAUCUUGAUGGUAUGGAAAGGGAUAAGGACAGAGAAAGGAACGCCAAUAUGAAAGCUUAUCGCAAUUGGAUUGAACCUUUAUUGACAGAAACAAAUUGGGCAGCCUUUCGACGAAAUAUUGUGGUGGGUGAACGAAUGAUGCAAUUGACCAAAGUCGUAGGUCAAGGUGUCUUAUUGAUGACCAAAGAACUUAGUGGAUCCAAAUUACAUUUGACUUUUACCAACAAUGAAUGGGAUGAAUUCAUCACAGGAUUAAGUUCAGGAAAAUGGGAUCAAACAAUCAAAUGGGAUUCAACAUCAACAUCAUCAACAUCAAGACUUGUAUCGGAAUUACGACAAAAAUUCAUCACUGAUUAUUGGUUUCAUCCUGAUGGUACCAUGGUUUCUUCCAAAGACCGCAAAUCUCUUUAUCGAUCAUCAUCCAUCAAUCAUAUUUCUUCAUCACCUCAUCAUUCUGGUACUGAUGACAAAAAAGGUUUGAUAAACAAUGCAACAUCUGGUGAUUUUUACAAAGUGGACACAAAUCUUUUUGGUGACAUUUAGAUGAUAUAUAUGUAUAUGCCUUUUUUAUUAUUUUACAUACUUUCCCCUUAGAAAUAUAUAUUAUCAUGAUUCUUUUUUUUUUUUUUUUACUUUCGUU